CAAAGUUCUAUUUUUUAUUUUUUUUUUAUUUUUAAUGUUGUAUCUCAAGUGAGUUACGGCUGCGCUUGCUGGCUGUCAAUGGAGAGUGGGCUUCUGAACCCUGAAGACCACCCUCCAUUUUUCAACCAACGAAGAGUAGAACCAGGCUCCCAUCUAUUCUUUAUUUCUUAUAAUUCAUUCCGCAAAUAUCUCAUUUUUAUUUUACUUAAUUCAUAAAUCAUAUUCCCUCUGCAAAAACUUGUUCUGUAUCUUCUUCUUCGUUCUUCUGCUCGCCCUUAGUUUUUCUUUUCUGCAUUCUGAAAGAGUUGGGAAGGGACGAAGACCUCUUCUUUGUGUAAAAAUGCGGUCUUUACUAAAAUUGCGAUUUUUGAGAUGACAUUUCGAGGUGAAGGAAUAAGAUCCGUCGCGUUAAUGUCAUAAAAUUUCCUAUAAAUUCUUUCUAUCUUUUGAAUACACUUUGUGCUGUGGGAUUACAUACAAAAAAUCUGAAAUUUUUGUUAUUUUUGCACGCACUAGGGUUUGAAUUUCCUUCCUCGUGACAGUUUUUCAGUUGAUUCUUUUCAUUAGAAACUUCAUUGCCACCAUUAAAACAUUGCUAGCUACAUCAAAUUUUGAGUCACAACUCAUUGCUACCAUUAAUGUAUUUUUAUUUACAGUUGCUAAUAUAUAACCUCUUAUUUACUAAUAUUAUCAUAUUAUUGGUGCAUGUUUUCCAUACUCAUUAAAAUGUUCUCCAAUAAACGUUGUACUCAUACUCAUGCAAUUGGGUAUCCUAUAGGUAUUUAAUGUAUAGGACUAUGGAUGAUGAUGAUAAAUUCAGCAUUUUAUAAUCUUUCUUGGGUUCAAUGUGCUUCACAUUGUCAAUUUUUUUCUUAUUUCUUUUGUUGCUAAUAACCUGUUUUUAAUUGCCUGAGCUUUCAUUGUUUUAGCUGAUAUCUAAGUCUUCUUGUAACAAUUGAGGCCUGGAUUUGUAAAAAUCAGUUGUCAGAGUAAGAUGAGUGUGCCGAAAGUGAAGCGUCAAGUGGGUAAAUACGAGCUCGGCCAUUCAAUUGGAGAAGGAAGGUUUGCAAAAGUGAGGCUUGCGAGGAACUUGGAAACCGAAGAACAAGUUGCUAUAAAGAUAAUUUCGAAAGAAAAGGUUCUAAAGCAUAAAUUGGUCGAGCAGAUUAAGCGCGAAAUUGCCACAAUGAAGUUAAUAAAGCACCCGAAUGUUAUCCGGCUGCAUGAGGUAAUGGGCAGCAAAUCAAAGAUCUUCAUUGUUCUUGAAUAUGCUACUGGUGGAGAGCUGCUUAAUAACAUUAUUGAUCAUGGAAGAAUGGGGGAAGCUGAAGCAAGGAGAUAUUUUCAUCAAUUGAUUAAUGCUAUUGAUUUUUGCCACAGCAGAGGGGUCUACCACAGGGAUUUAAAGCUGGACAAUCUGCUUCUUGAUGCAUCUGGCAACCUCAAACUUUCUGAUUUUGGUUUUAGUACACUUUCACAGAAAGUUAGGGAUGAUGGUUUGCUUCACACUGCAUGUGGAACUCCAAAUUAUGUAGCUCCAGAGGUUCUUAAUGAUAGAGGCUAUGAUGGAGCUCCUGCUGACCUUUGGUCAUGUGGGGUUAUCCUGUUCGUAUUGCUUGCAGGAUACUUGCCUUUUGAUGAUCAUAACAUAAGAAAUUUGUAUAAGAAGAUAGCAAUGGCUAACUUCACAUUUCCUUCUUGGUUUUCUUUCGGCGCUAAGACAUUAUUGAUGAGAAUUCUUAAUCCUAAUCCAAAAACGAGGAUAACUAUCUCUGAAAUAUUGGAAGAUGAAUGGUUUAGAAAAGGAGACGAACCUUCUGUUCUCGAUGGAAAUUAUGAAACCAAUUUGAAUGAAGUUCAUUCUGCUUUCAAGAUCUCACAAGAUCACCAUGAGACAGGAAACGAAGAACAACCAGCAGCACUGAAUGCAUUUGAGUUGAUUGGCUUGUCAAAAGGCUUAAAUCUUGAGAGCCUGUUCACCAUAGAACAGGCAUUAAAGAGAGAAACCAGGUUUACUUCAACAUGUUCUGCCAAUGAAAUCGUCAGAAAGAUUGAAGAUGCAGCAAAACCUCUUGGAUAUGACAUUCACAAGAAGAACUAUAAGAUGAUGCUUCGAAAUGUGAAAGCGGGUAGGAAAGGAAAUCUCAAUGUUUCGACGGAGGUAUUUCAAGUGGCCCCUUCCUUGCAUAUGGUUGAGGUGCGUAAGGAUAAAGGGGAUACACUAGAAUUCCAAAAGUUCUAUAAAACAUUGUCUGCAUCACUCAAAGAUGUAAUUUGGAUGUCCGAAGAGGAUUAGCAAGCCCAACCUCCCAAAUUAUGAGUUCAGAAAUCAUUCUGCUACCGUUCAGAAAAUUCUCCUUGCAUAUCU